AAUACCCGGAAACCCAGAAGAAGAAAAAAAUCUCGAUUCAGUUCUCUGUCUCUCUCCUCUUCGCAGCUCACAGAGAGAGAGGAUUGAGGACUCUCCCCAUCUCUCACUUGAAAAUUUGAUUCGAAAUCGCCCCCUGCAAUCGGUCUGAGUUUUACUAAUGCCUUAGUGUAGCUUCAUCAUGGUUGCUUUGAGAUACUGCUAAGUAAUUUUAGUUAGUGAUGAUGUGUUAGUGAGACCGUGGUUGUGGUAAAAAAAUGUGGAAUUUUGCAUCCAGCUGCAUAGCUGGAAGUGUUGGAUUGAAAAACGACCCUCUAAAGCCGAUCCAAGCAGCUCUCGAAUGUUCUGAUGACGAGAGUUCUUCGGUCGUUGGCAGAGAGGAAGGACUAGAGUGCCCCAUAUGCUGGGAAUCGUUCAACAUUGUUGAAAAUGUGCCCUACGUUUUAUGGUGUGGCCAUACCCUCUGUAAGAAUUGCAUUCUGGGAUUGCAAUGGGCGGUUGUGAAAUUCCCCACUUUACCAGUUCAGCUUCCGCUUUUUAUAUCCUGCCCUUGGUGCAAUCUAUUGUCCUUCCGGCUUGUUUACAGGGGAAAUCUCAGAUUCCCUCGCAAGAACUACUUUCUUCUCUGGAUGGUUGAGAGCAUGAAUGGUGAUAGGGGGCCGAAAUCUAGUUCUACCUUCUCUGGUGAUAACCAGUCAGUCUGGCCGGCUAAUGGAAACGUAUCUGUGGGAACUCAAACAAGCCACGGUACCCACAGGAGGGGGCAACAUAUUCGCCAUAUCGAGCAAUCUGGGUCGAAUCACAAUCAUGGCCCUGUCAAUAAUUACCUUAGUGUGGAGCGCUUGCAUUCUUCGAUUCGGAAGUCACUGUUUUUCAUCGUUCAUUUGACAGCAAAGUUCCCACUGGUUGUCAUAUUUCUCCUGAUCAUCUUAUACGUAAUACCUGCCUGUGCCGCCAUAUUGGCUUUGUACAUAUUCAUCACUGUUGUGUUUGCUGUCCCGUCAUUUCUUCUUCUGUACUUUGCAUAUCCUAGUUUGGAUUGGCUUGUUAGGGAAAUCCUCACCUGAGGGCCGAGGCACUGUUGGCUUCUUUGUUCACAAGCACUAUGAAUACAACUUUGCUCCUACACAUCGGUGGCGCCUUCUAUCCGUACUUUUAGUAUGCAAUUCGACGACUUACCAGGUUCUAAGAUGCAUUGUUAUUGCCGGAAUCAUUUCAGCUCUCAUAGAUGUUGGGUCGGGCAUGUUAGUUUCGGAGAUUUUGUUUCACGAAGAUAACGACUUCACGCCUAUGGCAAUGCUUUUGCUAGAAAUACAGUUUGAUUAGGUUUUACAGGGUUCUUGUUUGUAUGAAGAUUUGUGUUGAAAUCAAUAUGUUUUGUAGUUUCUAUUGCUUUUGCUGCAACAUAGUUGUAGGUGAUUAGUAGUAGGUUUUGAAUUUUUGGUUGUACAUAUUUUUCGUAAGAGCGUUCGGGCUCGAUUCAUUAGUAUAUGCUUGUUUGUUUGUUUCAA